GCCGUCACACCCUCACGCAAUAGACAACUCUCCGAGAUCGAUGAAGAGGAGGAGAAGAAGUACGAAGCUACAACUUCCGCGGCGGUGCCAGUGGCAUCCAGGAACGACGGAAAGAGGGGUAGCGAACCUCUGGGAGGGGAGGAGGAGAGGAGCAGGAGGGAGAGAGGAGGGAGACAAGGACGAGGGAGCCAUCGUCGGCGACAGAGCGCAGCCGACGUGGACACCGCCGGGAUGAAGAUGAGAUCACGAGAGAACCUCCUCCAGGUGGAGCACCAAGGGAGCCAGUCUAGACAGGAGUCUCCUUCACGUCGCGAGACCAGUCGCUCGCCCUCCCUCACCCCACUCCCUGGUGACACCAAGAAGGACAGCCCGCGGACGGAGCGAUGGAAGAUCGUCAACAAACUCAAGAAGAUUGCUCUGGAGGAAUCGCCCAUGAGCUCGGACGGUGAGACGGCAGAGAAACCGCAACAAACGGACGCGGUGUCAUCGUCCGAGGCCAGUCAGAGAGAGAGGGAAGCAGAGCUGGAGAGUUCGCUGGACUUCCAGGACAGAAUAUCGGCAGCUCUUACGUCGCCUGUGCAAAGUGGGUCCACUGGGGAGGAGCCUGCAUCAGUGAACAUUACCUCCCCGUUGGAGGCCAUUUUGGCUGCAAUGGAGAGUGAAACAGACGGUAUAGAUUUCCUGGGGACACAGACUGGCUUCAGCAAGGGCUCUUUCAUUGCCAUGGACGCCGUCAAAUGGAUCGUGGAGAACGUGAAGGGAGUGGGCACUAGGAGACAAGCGGUAAAGAUACUACGGUCAAUGAUCUCGAAGCAGAUGGUGGUGCACGCAAGUCGAGAUCCAACAGUUCCCUUCUUCGACGGCUACUUCUUCUACUGCAUACAUCACCGCAAAGAAGAGCCGCAGAAGGACGCACUCAACAGCUCCUACUACAUAGUCAACAACGAGUUCGACAGUUUCAGCAGGAAGUGGUUCGAGACGGAGAUCGUGCACCCCUCGUCUUCGGUGGCGGGUAACGAUCGGGAUGACUCCCCCUCUCCCCCUUCUCUGGCCUCCUCCCUCAAGACCGGCCAACCUUACUACAUGGGCUUCGACCAAAACGAGGAAGGAUAUGUUCCUCCGUCCAUCAUGAACAGGAGGGUGGAGCUGAACCCUGACCCCCACCUCCACACCAGUCGGCCAGAGUGGUUCUACGUGCACUACGACCCGGUGUAUGAUCCCUGCAAAGCCUUCCAGCUUAGGUUUCAGUGGAUGGUUACCACAACCAACCUCCUCAGUACACUGAUCCAGAGCUGGGUUCGCAAUGCCUCGAUGUGUGACUUCAACCUGGUGGCAGUUCCAGUCCACAGGAACCUUCAACAGGAGAGUAGUCACCCAUUGAGACGUCCCUCCUUCCUCCCCCUUUCUCUACCUCCACACAUCACAGAUAGCUGGAGAGAAGAGGGAGCAAUUUGUGUCACCGACAGAACGAGAAUGCUUCUGCUGGCAGUCGCCAGUAGCAACGGUUUCCUCCCCGACUGUCCCUCAGUGCGCCCCGACCCCACCAGUAUCCUGUCCCCCCAAUACACGGACCCCCCGGAUCAGGCGGCCCCCUCGUUUCUCGUCCACCACACCGGUACUGCCUUCAUCCAGCUGUCACUCCCUGGAGGCAGCCAGCAACACGUCAACAGCCCGACACUGAGUGUCCACAGUCGUUCCUCGACCUCCUCGUCCUCCGUGUGGCGAGGCUUGCACGGCCAGCUGCUCCAUCCUCAGGGCCGUGGAGCCACCAGCACACCACUGCAGAGAUCUCCCGCCAAAAACACCAGCCAGGGUUCCGUUGAUUCCAGCGGUGAAGCAAACAGCACGUUGAGUGACGUUGAAUCGUCUCCACACAAGACGACAGACGAUGGCGAUGGCGCGGCAAGCAAGACAGGGUUCUACUGGCACAAGAACUGCCUUCUCCCAAAGCAGAAAAACGUUCCGGCGGGAUUGGUCGGCAGGUAUGACGAGGUGUUACAGAAACUCACCAGUGACUGUCGGAACACCGAUCGAAUGUUGGAAACUCUCUGUGAACGUUUAUUCACGUAAUUCAGGUAUUUUAAAAAUUUGCAGGUAUAUAUAAUUCACUGAUCUCUCAUGGGUUAAUUUAUUGCCACUAUCACAGACACAUGUACAUAUUAUAUUUUUCAAUCUCUUGUAAUGAAGUGUCUUUAAAAUGCGCACACAACUAAAAAGCCGGCUGAGCUGGUCGAGUAAUUCUAUAUCGCGGUCACAUUUGUAUUUUUUAACUUCU